AUGAGAAAUAAUCUCGUGUUUACAAAUAUUCCUGAGGCCCCUACGGGAACUACGGAGGACUGCGAAAAAGUUUUGAAAGGAUUUCUGGUUGAAAAAAUGAAAAUCGCCCAAGAUCUUGUGACUCAAAUUCAGUUUGAUAGAGUACAUCGAAUUGGUCCAAAGCGUGGAGACCUGCGUUGUCGUAACAUAAUUGCAUUAAAGUUUACAUUAUACAAGGAAAAGGAAUAUGUUAGAAAACAGUGGAAAUCGCUAUCUGGUACCCGACAUCAGGUAUACGAGCAGUUCCCAAAGAAAAUUGUCGAGAAACGUAGGCAGCUGGUGCCAAAAAUGAAAGCGGCGAGAAGGGACGGCAAACAAGCGUGGAUAGUGUAUGACAAACUGUUUAUUGACGGAAAGCAAGUUGAGGACUAG